AUCUUCAGGUGGGAUGUGUUUACAGUGUUUACCAGAGAAAAUAUCCAGCAGAAAAUAUUUACAAACAGUUUUAGUAGCUUAAAUGAAAUGAACUUUUGCUAUUUAUAACGUAUUUAGGUGAUAAUAAUUAGGUCAUAAUACUAACGAUAUUGUGCAUGCAGUCAACUGGUGGAAAAAUGACGAUCGAAGAUCGAGUGAUUGCCCGACUCAAUAAGGAGCUAGGCUCUGAUUUCGGGGCUCUGUCUAAAAGUAAUGAUUUGGUGCAAAACUUUCGCGCAGAUCUGGACCGGCUUGCCCGACGGUUAACUCUUACCGACGAGCAAUGCGCUCCGGAGUUGAAAAAUGCCCUUCAAUCCUGCUCGUGGAAGUACACGGAACUGGAGGAAGCAGCGGACAAUCUAGAGGCGUUUGAAGAGAAACUGGCAGCGAAGAUUGCGCUCCAUCAGGAGGUACUGGCGAAAAUAGAUGUCUAUUUGAAAAAGAUUAACCAACUGCAAAAUAUGAAAGAAUAUUUCAUGAUUUUGCUGGAUAUUCAAAAUAUUAGUCAAGGGUUAACUUCAUACAUAAGUGGGAAGGACGACAGCAAAAUGGUUAGUUUGUAUGUCGCCUUGAGUGGAAGUUUGUCCAACAGCAUACUGGACCGGUUGAGCGGGGUGGACGCUCCGCAUCUGAAGAUGUAUGCAAGGAACACAGCUUUUUACUGGCACUAUAUUUUGAAGGAUAAAUUCUCGAAGGAGUUCGAAGCCGUUCUCAAAACGAUAAAGUGGCCUAAUCUAAACCAGUCACUAGAACUGUUCAAUCCAUCGAAGGAAAACCUCAACAAGCUGGCAAUUCUGGGAGAAUAUUUGUUUUUGGUUAAAAUUCCAGGGGAUCAAAAUUUGCUGAGUACCAAAAUAACUCCUUCGAUUAUAUGUCCUCCGUUCACGGCUCCGGUCGAAAUUCUGCUGAAACAGUUUCGAUUACGGUUUCAGUUUCAUUUUACGGGAAACAAGCAAACUAACCGGCUGGAUAAACCUGAGUGGUAUUUCACGCAGAUUCUUUCUUGGGCCAAGGAGAAUCACGUUUUCGUUGGACAAAAUUUUCAAACUGCUGCUCUUAAGGCCGGUGUCACAAAUCACAAUGUUCGGUUGGAAUUUAUACGAGGACUUGUCCAGUUGGCUAUUGAAAAGCUGGUGGAUGAUAUUGACACUAUUUGUCAGGAAGAAGCCCUAUUCGCGCAUUUGAUCGACGAGGUGUUAUCGUUUGAACAGGAACUGAAAACAAGCUUGGGGUAUCCGAGCAGCCUACCAAAUGCAGUUGCGGUAUUGAUCCAACCCAAAUAUCUAGUCAAGUGGAUGGCGAUCGAGGAGAAAUUCACUACUGAUAAGAUGGAUGCCAUGCUGAAAAGUGAGGAUCCUUGGCGGUUUCUAGAUCCGGCUAACUUAGACGAUAUGAAGAUACCCAAGUGUGCAGAUCAAUUUAUUAGGCUCCUAGAUGCCAUCAAAGAACGAUAUUGUGCGCUACCACAGCCUGGCCAACAACUGCAAUUCUUGGACCUCCAACUCGAACUGAUCGAUAACUUUCGCCGUCGAUUGGUUCAACUGCACAACAGUCCUGGCGCGGACAAUGUAAGUUCCACCAAGAUUCUAAACGCAAUCAAUUACAUCACCUCAGUCCUUCGAGAGUGGGGCGAAAACGUACACUACCUCCAUUUGCAUGCCGCCUUGUACGGUCCUAACGCGGACGAGAUUAGCUCUGUAUUUGAUAAGACCAUCGAGGAACUCGAACAUUGGCAGAGGGCACUGGUAAAGGAUCUAUCUGCACGAGUUGUCGACGAUGUAAAGGCCAAAUCGCGGCCCUAUCGUCAGGACCAGUGGCCAACGAUGAACCAAUUGGACACGAAGGAAACGUUCAUGCUUUCGGCAUCGGCUAGCGAAAUGUUUCAACUGUUGGUGAAUACUUUGCACCAGCUGGAGAGCAAACUGUCGGCGAAUGUGUUCUCGAUUAUCGUACGGCUAAUCGCUCUGCAGCUGGAUGAGUGGAUGCUCGGUGGAAUGGUGAUGAACACGAAAUUUUCCAGCGGUGGAGCAAUGCAGUUUCAGUUCGACAUGACACGGAAUUUGUUUGCUCUGUUUGGACAGUACGCGCGGAAGCCUAACUUGUUGUUUAAGAGAAUAUCCGACGCUUGCUUAUUGUUAACGCUACCACUUGGCUCAGCUAUGCUUUUGCAUGAAACGCUCCAGAAGGAACAGUCGGAAGAAAUAAUUACGAACACUCUGAAGGAGGUGGGGCUAAUGAUUCUAAGGAAAACUGACAUAAUAGCGGUACUAGAACGGCGGAACGAUAUAGUAAAUUCCUAGAUAAGUUUGGAGUGGUAUUGUAAGCAAAUUGUGAUGCUUGAAAGUUUAUGUUAUAGAAAUUUCCUGUUUUUUGUUGAUUAAUUUGACUGCAAACGGUGGGUUUUAACAGAAAGAAAUCAUCGCAUGUUAUGUUUUUUCGAAUGUUACUACAGUGACAUGCUCUAACACCAUGAGGUUAAGAACGUUUAAAA